CAGCAUCCGAACAAGACAUAGAAGACUUGCGAUCCAACUUUGGAUAAUCUUUGUACCGGACCGUGUCGGUCAUGUAACGAGAGAAGACCACAGCGCGCAAUGGCAAUUAGCCUUGAGAUGUGUUAUAUAAGAUGGGGUAAUCGUCAUGUCUCCUGUUUCAGUACAUUCGUUCUUUCUCCUAUCACAGAAGUAGGUUUCUGAACCAUGAUCUCGCGUGGUAUCAUCGCUGCCCUCAGCACUGCGUGCCUCGCUGGCGCAUUCGCUCCCGGCCUCGAAGUGGUCUACGAUCUGGAUCUAGCAACUCAAGGCAUCGCAUUCUCGGCCGAGGGACGUAAGUUCCUAAUGCAAAGAUACUCUCUUACCGAUCCUCCACGAGCAGUCGAGCUUCUGGACGACAACUCUACAGUGCUCUACCCCGACGCCGAAUGGAAUUCCUACAAUUCAAGCGACAGUACUUCGGAUCCAGCGAAGACCUUUGUCAGUCUCGACGGCGCCCGCAUUGGACCUGAUGGACGCUACUGGCUAGUCGAUGGAGGAUCUCAGGACCUCAAUCACUCGACAAAGUUAAUCGGCAUCAACCUUUCCAACGACACGGUUGACAAGCUUUACUACCUCGACGACAUUAAAAUCUCCAGCAGCGGCAUCGACGACGUGCGAUUCGGACCCUCCGGCGAUGUCGCAUACUUGAGCGAUACAGCUGGAGCACUACUUGUCCUCAACAUGACGACGGGAGAGGGAGUGCGGGUACUAGCCGACGACCCGACAGCAGUCGCAUGGUUCCCGAUGAUGUAUAACCAUACUCUUGUUCCGGGCUACGGUGCUGCUGGAAGCACACUCGCGGUCGGACUCGAUCAGAUGGAAGUUUCGCCAGAUGGCAUGUGGUUGUACUACCAGCCUUGUAAUGGCGGCUUGUUCAAGAUCAAGACUGCCUUGGUUGACGCGACUUUGACUAAUUCCACUCUGGCUGCUAGUCUGGGUGACUAUACUGAGGCGGUUGCACUGACUCCCAGCACGGGCGGUAGUACGAUUGACGGGGAUGGCAACCUAUACUUCAGUGAUACCACAUUGCUUGCCAUCUGGAAGGUAACCCCUGAGGGCUAUGCUUCUAUCUUGGUCCAGGAUGAUGCGCUCGUUUGGACAGAUCAGAUGUGGGUCACUGCCGAUAAGAAGCUUUGGCUGCCAGCUUCGCAGAUGCGACCAGGAGCAGACGGACUCAUGGCUUCAAGCCCCAAUUACAUAUUCACCUUUCCCAUCGAUGCAGGGCCAUCUCCAAUCGACCAUGCUUAGCUCGACCGAUAGCUUUUGUAGCCUAACGUAGCAUAGAGAUGUGUCAGUAAUGCAUAAGUAUUCAUCGGAAAUUGGCAUACCUACGGAAGACGUAUAGCCCCAGUGGGAUGGUCUCACUAAGGUGU